AUGUACCACGAAAAGCAACAACGCGAAUUGUGCGCUCUACAUGCACUUAACAACCUAUUUCAAGACAAAUCGUCAUUCAGCAAAUCACAACUAGAUCAAAUUUGUCAGAAUCUGUCCCCAAACGAAUACAUCAAUCCUCACAGAUCCAUUCUUGGGCUUGGAAAUUACGAUGUGAAUGUUAUCAUUGCCGCAUUGCACAUGAAAGAUUGUGAAGCUAUCUGGUUCGAUAAGCGAAAAGAUCCAUCACGAAUUGAUACAUCGAAAAUAGUGGGGUUUAUACUAAACGUUCCGAGCAACUACAAAGUGGGGUUUGUGAAGCUACCUAUUCAGCGUAGACAUUGGAUAGCCAUUCGGCAAAUCAACAAAGAGUACUGGAAUCUUGACUCCAAACUGGAUGCUCCCCAAUGUUUGGGAGAUGAAGCAAGUAUGCUACAGUACCUACGAGAGCAGCUGCAAAGCAACGAUAAAGAAUUAUUCGUUAUAUGCACAGGAGAGGUAGAUAAAUCACAGCAAUGGCUCCUCCCAGACAACGACCAACGGUGAAGAAAAGGAGCGUAAUAUAUUUAAAUAUCGUUAACA